AUGAAUGCCUUCAUCUCUUUCUUCGUUUUUCUGACCUUACUCUCUUGCUGUACUGCUGCUGCUGCUCGCAAGAGAAAACCAUGUAUAAACGGAGAUCAAGACGGAGAUAAAUGUUAUUGCUUUGAUGGAUGGACUGGUGCUCUUUGUCACAGAAAAAUGAAUUGUGAGGGAUUCGAACGUCUGGAAACGGGAUCAUGUGUCAAAUGUAUGAAAGGUUGGCAGGGACAAGAUUGUGAUGCAAUCUCCUGUUUCAACGGUGGAAAGGCUAAUUAUGAUGAGACAGCUUGCGAAUGUGAAAAACCUUAUUCAGGUUUGUUCUGUGACACAGCUCAGACAAAAGACAUCUAUUCGUAUUACAAUAACUUCUCAAGUAAAGUAGGAGCUUUAGGAUUAUUUACUAUUAUUCCUUUGUUUGUCAUGUAUAUGACUUGUGAGCACUGUGCUAGACGUCGUCAACUGGAACGUGUCGGAGCUCAUUUAUCAGGAACUGUUUUGAAGAAUCAGCAAAAAGCUGUUGAUCCUAAAGCAGUUUCCCUUCUCUUAGCCGAAGAUGAAGAAUAUAACUCUGACUAA